UCUUCCCCGAUGCCCGUUUUCAGUCGUAAUCUCUGAUUAAAGGCAGAACGCAAACCAUUGACAGAGGAAGAUAAAACCCCACUGGUUAUCCACGCAUGAUGCCCACCCCCUGCUUUUACAGAAAGCCAACAUUAUCCAUCUGUCACUUAAUACAGACGCUCAGCACACGCAUCGUUUGGCUGAUAUAGGUGAGCUGACUGGAGAACCAGGACUAUCUGGAUAGCAACUUUACUGGAUCGAGUCCAUGCUUGUUUUAUUGGGGAAUAUUUCAGCACGUCGUGAGUGAGUGAAGAAUGUGAUGGUGACGGAGCAGUAUGGAGUGCUCGUGGAAGACUCUACUUCUGCUCGUGUGCACGUCUUUGGGGGUGCAGUACACUGCAAUCCGUUCCCUCCACGACUCCUUCAGUGGCCCAUGCCAAGACUCCACCCACUGCCAAGGACGCCAGGGUAAAGAGCAGAGAUGGAAAUCUCUCUGCGGUGACAGCCAUGUCCCUGAUGAGACUAGUGCUGUCACCACUCGAAAGCACAUCCUUCUGUUUGCACAAACCCGCAGUGGCUCUUCAUUUACUGGACAACUUUUCAAUCAACAUCCUGGCAUAUUUUAUGUUUUUGAGCCUCUUUUUCACGUGCAACAGGCCUUCACCAAUUCUAGUAGCCGUCUACAAAGGGCUUUGGAUGGCAGAACACUUCUUGGAGCCUACCGAGACCUCCUACUCAAUCUCUACAACUGUGACAUCAGCUUCCUGGAGAGCUAUAUUCGCCCUGAACCACAGGAUCACAUGACCGGGGCCUUUUUCCGCCGCAGCUCAAGUCACGCCCUGUGCACGCCGCCUGUCUGCCACGAAGGUGGCGAGGAGAUUCUAGCAGGCCAACCGGAUGAAGUCUGGUGCCCAAAAAAGUGCCAGGCCUUGAACCUCACACUAGCCUCUCAGGCUUGCCAAGCACGAAGUCACGUUGCCAUAAAAACAGUUCGUAUCCCAGAGAUAGGUGACCUACGUACGCUUUCAGAAGACCCCCGUUUAGAUUUGAGAAUUGUCCAUUUGGUGAGAGACCCCCGAGCCAUUCUCACCUCCCGUAUGACUGCUUUUGCCGGUAAAUUCAGGGCCUGGAAGAUCUGGAAUGCCACUGGCCGCCAACCACGGUACGUGGACCUGACGCAGAUAACAAGAACAUGCAGAGAUAUUGAGUAUUCUGUGGAGACCAGCCUUCAAAAACCCACAUGGCUGAGGGGGAGGUAUCUUUUGGUACGCUAUGAAGACUUGGCCUUAAAUCCUGAGGAAAAGUCCAAGGAGAUAUACAGAUUUCUGGGGUUGGACCUGCAUCAAAGAGUGCACACAUGGAUUGCUCAUAACACCAAUGGCACUGUCCCAUCUUCUUCAGAGUGGAACUAUAAGUACUCCACUACAAGAGACUCGAAAGCCACAGCUCAGAGCUGGAGAGUACAUCUGAACUUUGACAUUGUUAAGACAGUUCAAUCUCUUUGUAACAGAACUCUUGCUCUGCUAGGCUAUAAGCUUGUCCAGUCUGUAGAAGAACUGAGGAAUAUAACAAAAAGUUUAAUGGAGCCUAGGACGUAGUAAAGUUCAUUUUUAAUGCGAAAUAGUCAUUCAUUUGGAAGACACUUUUAUCCAAAGUGACUUACAUUGCUUUUAGUGUAUACACUGAAUCAAACAGGACUCGCAGGUUCCAACAAAGUACAUUUGGAUACGUAAUAUUGUGUUAAUUACUUUUAAUAUACAAAUAUCCGUUUGUUUUGACAGUUUGCAUACUAAUUGUCAAUGUCAUGUAAAUGCAACAUUUUAGAUCCUACUUUGGAGAAAACUUAGCUCAUGAAUAAUAAUUAUGGAUAUAAUGCUUGGUACCUUUCAUUAAAGGGAUAGUUUACCAAAAAAAUUAAAAUUCUGUAAUCAUUUACUUACCAUCGUGUCGUUCCAAACCUGCAUGAUUCUCUUUCCUCUGUGGAACUUAAAAAAUAUAUAUUUUGAGAAAUUACUCAAUUUUUUUGCCCAUACAAUGGAUGUCAAAGGUAACCAAAAUGGUUUGAUUGCCAACAUUCUUAAAAGUAAAUUAUUUUGUGUUCUGCGGAAGAAAGAAAGUCUGGUUUGGAACAGCAUGAGGGUGAAAAUAAUAUGAUAGAAUUUUCUUUUUGGAUGAACUAUCCCUUUAAGCAGGUAAAGUUCUUAAAAUUCAUGAGCCAGGCAUUAAGAAUAGUAUGAUGCUAAAUAAGCACACAGGCCCACAAUUUUCAGCCUGUAAAUGUGCAUUUAUGUGACCCCAACUUCAAAAAAUAUCUCCCUCUGAUGGCUUUGUGAGUGAUUAUUUCUAAGUGCAGAGUCAACAUUGGGAAAAGCACUUUGGCACUAUGCAGCCACUUUGCAAUUUGUGGAUAACAGAUAUGAAACUACACAAAUCAAAAUCCUCAUUUAAUAAAUAUGCUAUCUCUUGUUCACAGGGCCCCCUUGAGGUUGAGCCUUUGGCUGCAGCCCAUAUGAUCCCUUGGGUUAAUGUGGCCCUGCUAAUUACUGUUUCAGUUCAUAUCAUUGAUUAAAUUACUAAACCCAUGAACAGCACAUUUUUUGGAAGUCUGAGCUCAAAUAUCUGCCAAUAUGUAAUCAAAAUUGCGUUUCACUGCAUAUGCAUACAUGUGUUGCAUACAUGUCUCUGCAUAGAAAUGCAGCGAUUAUGAGUCUUGGGAAUAUUGAAUUGUGUCAGUCUUUAGCCUUAAAAUACUCUUGGAUUUGUGUUGUUGUACAUGCCAUACUGUCAGUUACAUUAAGAAAUGUAUUACUUCUCUGUAAAACAUGCCCUUAAAGGCUAACACUAACACAUAUUGGAAAUAUGCGGUGUAAACAGUUCCUCGUCUCAGGUAUAUGAUGAUUAAAUGCAAUUCUUCAGCCGCACUGCCAAAUAAUAAAUAUGC